CCUGGCAGUUUCGUGGAAGAAGACGUCGAGGCAGGAGGCGCCGGGAGAGCAGCUUGUUCAGUGAAAGGGGACACAUAUAUAAAUAGUUUUUAAAAUAUUCCGGGUAACUGAAUUGUUAUUUAACUAAACUGUGCUGGUAAUUGUGUAUAUUUCGGGGAGGCGGGUGUUAUUUACAGAUUCUCUUUAAGAUUUGAAGCUGUUUUUUUUUUUUUUUCGUGUUUAGGCCUCUCUGAAUACAGCGUUUAAGAAAAUAACGAGAACGGCUCUCUAUUUUCGAUGUUGUUCGUACAGUGUUUCAAAUGGGUCCUUAAAUGAAAUCGAAGUAGUACGUUUUUAUUUUAUUUAUGUUUUUUUAUUUUAGUUGAAACGUUUUGGUUACCGAACCCUAGAGAAUUCUGUCCUUGUUUGUAAUGGAAAAGGAAGUGAUACAAAAACAAACAGCAAAUGAUAUAGUGUGAAAAAAUAAAUAAAUAACAGCGUGAUUAUAUCAAGUUAUGCAACAUUGUCAAACGGAGUUUACCGUGUAAGUGUUAAGUCGAGUAGUACGGUGCCGUGCCGUUACGUAAUUUGUUGUUUUUCUUUUUGUUUUUUUUAAUCUGGCACUCGCUGCAUACAUGUCGCAUUACUUGCUAAAAUGAAAUCGAAUAAAACACAAGAUUUCUUCAUAGAGUAAUGAAGACUGUUUGCAGUUCUAGACCCCAGUCGUACUACUUCUGAAAUGAGAAACACAUUAGAAAGUGAUUGUGUAUUUGUCUGUAGUACUUGUACAUUUUGUGGGAAAGCGUAUACGCCACUGUAUUGUACACAAAGUGCGUUUUCUGGUUGCCUGGUCCUAUUUUUUAGUAUCGGGGAAGGUCCAGGGUAGAAAAAGAAAAAGAAAUGUUGCUAAAAUGCAAUGAAUAACUUUAUUGGCUCUUGGUUCAUGCCGCUAAUUUAAGGCAUGUAAAACAGAGGGUUUAUAAAAUGUCUGUUAUGAUUUCAUUCGAUGCCAGUGGCAAUUAAAUAAGUCCACAGAGCAGUUUCAAACACUGUCUAACCAAAAAGUUAAGAAUGGGGGAGUGUGUGUUUGUUUUGUUUUUCAUCAGGUAAAAGGAAGCCUUCCUAGAAGAUGACUGGAUUGGGAUCACAAUCAAUCAUUACAAAAAAAAAAAAAAAAAUUAAGAAAAAAAAAUAGCAGUAUUGGUCUUCGACGUCUGAUCUCUGUUUUCCGGUUGCUGUUAAAACUCAGCAACUCCCCUCCCCUGUUUCUCUGUAUCACAGCCCUUCAAUGAACUCUGUAGCGGAAGAUUUAUAAUUGUUUGUCCAUCCCAUUUUACUGGGCUGUCUGCUACAGUCCCACCCAAAGCACAGGAGAGGAAUCCCCCCAAAAAGGACUUGUUCCCUCCAGUACUUGUGAUUUGCGGGCAGCAUAGAGUUGCGGGCACCAGAAGGCUGUUGGUGAAUUGAGUCUUCAAAGCUGUGUGACGGAGAGGGGGAAUAAACAAGAGUUUCUCAGGCCUCUUUAAGUAUAACUCAUGGAGUGAGUGUUCCUAUAGGCCCUGCAGGAGAAGCUGAGUGAAAGUGGGUGAAGAAGGGGCAGACCCACUGAACAGCACCAGAGAAGAGUCUUUUGGCCCGGUCUGGGAAGCGAAGGGAUCCAAGAAGAGGCUUUUUCAGGUGAUCCUGAUCAUCAGAAGAAAGACAGACCUACGUUGAGACAGGAGUUGUACCUAUACCUAUCAGCUCUUCAGCCUCAUCUGUAGAGACAAGUCAUCAGAAUGUCCAGCCAAGGAGAUGACUGCUAUUUCUUUUUCUACUCCACCUGUUCCAAGGGUGACAGCUGUCCGUUUCGUCACUGCGAAGCAGCUCUGGGCAGUGAAACAGUCUGCAACCUCUGGCAGGAGGAACGUUGCUUCCGGAAAGUGUGCAAGUUCCGCCACAUGGAGAUCGAAAAAAAGAGAAAUGCAAUUCCCUGCUACUGGGAGACCCAGCCUGCUGGAUGCAGGAAGUUGAACUGCGCUUUUCACCAUGAAAAAUCUCGCAUAAUCGAUGGAGUUUUCAUUCCACCCAGUCAAAUUCCACUCAUGAGAAAAGAAGUCAAUGAGGAGCAGCCCCCAGAGCCUGUUCCCCCAACCCUUGCUCCCUCCAACCCCCCGAACCCCCAGCUCCGAGGGGUGAUCAAGGCAGAGACUUUGGAGAAUGUGCCCAGUCCCACACACCCCCCCGUUGUUAUUAAUGCUGCAGACGAUGAAGAUGAGGACGAUGAUGAUGAGGUCUCUGAUGAAGGAGAGGAUGGUAAACCUGGGUUGGUGUCCUCUCCUGAUGGACUCCAGAAUGGCCUGGUGAUCACUGGCACAAGAAAACACAUCCCCAGUCCUACCAAAGAUGACUCACUAAACUUUGGGAUUAAAACACUUGAAGAAAUCCGACUGAGAAAGGCAUUAAAGGCGAAUUUAAUAAAAUCUGGUAAUUACUUAAGUGGUGUCGUUCCUCUAGCCGAACAGCAGGGCAGGACAGGUCUGGAGAAGGAAAUUGUGAGGUCUGUGGUGAGACCAGCCUUUCUCUCAACAUCAGAGAAAGUUGUCCCGGUCCAAGGUGAUGCUUUCAUGAAACGCAACAUAGCUGAAAGGCUGGGCAAACGAAAGGCAGAACUGGAGGGAGAUGUAGUUGUAAAAAAAGUUGAGAGCAAUCUUUCCGUGAAGCGCUGUCUUGCUGAGAGGCUAGGCAGGAAAGUGGAUUCCGCAGAGGAGCGCGCAGAUGUCAUUCCCAAUAAAGUGCCGAAGUCAAUGAGGAAACGUUUGGGAUUGCCUGUGGAACAGCCAGCUACUGAAACAGGGAACGACAGUCAAGCAAAAUGGUCUGGUGUGGUCCGCAUAAAAACUCUUGAGGAGAUUCGACUAGAGAAGGCGCUGAAGAUGCAGGGAGAGAGCGAGCAGAACCGCCCAAUACAGCCCUCAGCCCGGACAGUGAGCCCAGGGAAGAAACCCAGCAAACCCCUUGUGAACGUUGAUGUCAAAACCUCUGAAAUCCAGCACACCAAGAAGCAGGAACAGCUGGAGGAGCAGCAGAAAGCUGCAAGGAGCCCCCUCCUCGAGACGGCAGCCUCAGACACACAGAAAGAGAGGAAAGAGGCAGCACCAGGGAAAGGGCUGUCUGAGCUGGGGGAGGUCCGGGUGAAGACCUUGGAGGAGAUCCGCAGAGAGAAGGCAGCUCGAAUGCAGCAGAGAGCUGGGAAGGCGGAGAUGACUGAGAACAACCCCAGGGCUGGAGAUCAGAGAGACGCCGCUGCCACAAGACGACGGAUCCUGCGUAUUAACAAAGCAGCAGGAGCCCUUGGCAAAAAUGAUAAAGUGGUAGAGUCCACGAAGGAGCCUGAAGAACCAGCCCCCGAACUCAGCACCUUGCAGGCGGCAACAACAAAUGGGAGCAGCAGCGCCCCAGUGGAGAAAGUGUUGGUGAAGAGCUUUGAGGAGAUCAUGAGAGAGAAGCGACUUCGUAAACAGCAGGGAGACUCCUCACCAGCCUCCAUCCAGCCGGGCGUGACAACUCCUGCCCCUCUUAAGCCAGUAGAGGAGGCUGCAGCUGGUGUCAAACAGGGCUGGCUUUUACCAGCUCCUGCCCAACAAAGAGCAACACAGCCAGCCGCUGCCCAACCAAGAGAACGUGCUCCUGUCUUGCUUAAAAAAAGAGACCUUGUCCCUGCCCCUGUCCAGCAGAGAGCGACGUCACCAGCUGGUGUCAAACAGUGCGAGACAGAUACUGUUCCUACCUCUGUCAAGCGGAAAGAGACCACAUCUGUCAAAGAGGGACAGCUUUCUCAAACAUCUGUCCAGCAAAAAGAGACAUCACCAGUGUCUGUCCAGCCAAGUAAGAAAGUCCCUGCAUCAAACAAAAAGAGAACAACAGUUCCUGUCUCCUUUAAGACGACAGAGAAAGUCCUUGCUUCAGCCAAACGGCUUUCACCAGCCACUGCUGAAAAGAAAGAGGGUGUACCGGACCCUGUUAUAAAAGAAAAAGCAGUACAGUCUCAAACAGGUCCAAAAGACAGUGCUUCCCCAAUGGCCCCAGAGGAGCCCCAGCCUGAAGCAGUGCAGCAGGCAGUGGCUGAGAAACCAGCAGUACAGGCACCUGAGCCAAAAGUGAGACCAAAGCUGAAUGUGAAGCCAUCAAUGAUGAAGCCAGCUUCCCCUGUGAGGCUGGGACAGAAACGCAAAGCGCCUGAGAGCCACCCAUCGGCUAUAGCUGCUGUGAAACCUAUGAACAGCGCGCCCUCUACAGAGGAAGAGCAGGAGCCUCUCCACAAGCAGUCUGAGACUCUUGCAAAUUCAGAUAAACCAGAGACAUUGCCCAAAAAUGACUGUCCGUCUGAGCCACCACGCAAGAAACUGGCAAACUCUCUGCAGAAAUUCCCUCUGGCAGAGGCCGAAAGGACCAAGCCAGCAGCGGUACAGAGUACCCCAGUGGAAGAGCCCCAGCGAGCUACAGAAAGCGUGGUGGUGGCCAGUCCCUCUGCCCACCCUCAGCGGCCCACCCAUCAGGUGAGGACUCGCAGGCUGAGCUCAGUGUCCUCGCGGGCCGGCGCCUCCCUCAACAGCUGCGCCGCGGUGGACGACUUUGAGGAGUUGAUGAAGGAGUUCUCUGAUGACCGGCUGGAGGACGAGCUCGAGUUGGACCCGGCCAAGGGGGAAGAUGACCUGCUACUGGAGCUCUCCGAGAUGAUCGGCAGCUAGAGACCUCGUCUGGGAAGAGAGGCUGUGAGGGGCUGAUUGGGGCGGUGGGGGGGGCUUCACUCAAAAAAAAAAAAAAAAAGUUUUUCUUUUAUUCUUAAGAUUCAUGUUGGAGGGGCUUUUGGGAAUGCAGAGCUGGCACCACAUACU